GCGCCUUUAAAGGGCGGUGCGAACCGGGCGGCGGCGGCGGCGCCGCUGACAUCACGGGGUCGGGAGCACCUGCGCUGCGCACCGGGACCGGCACCGGCUCCGCUGCCCCAGACAUGGAAACAAACAACCACUUCAGCUUCACCGGCCUUUCCUCCGCACCUGCUGCCUCAGGACCGAAACCCACACCUGCCUCAGGGGAUGGCGCCUUCGACCCCAGCGCCCCGCUUGGCUUCCCCCCUCCAGGGAAAAAUCUGAACAGGGGCACGAAUGUCAAUGGCUUCUCUACUGUAUCCCACCCCAGUACUUCAGGGACCUUCCCCCCCGGCUCGCCGCGUGCCGGCACGCCACCGCUUCGCACCUACGACUGCCUCUGGGACUACACGCCGUACGUGCCCGCCGGCGGCCUCAAGGACGGCAGCCCCGUUGCCCCGCUCACCGGCCUCGGACAAUUCCCGCUCAACGGUGUCGCCGGGGGGUCCCGGCCAGCAUCCCCAGACCACGGCACCAACCUGCGUGAGGCCGGACAGGAGUUUUGGGCCAACGGCACCGCCGGCCCCAUGGGACUGAACUUUGACUCGCAGGAGCUGUACGACUCCUUCCAGGAGCAGAGCUUUGAGCUGAUGCAGAACGGCCCUGCCGGCUUCUACACGGCCGCCCAGCCCUCUCCUAUGCUGGGCUCCAGCACCCAGCCUUUCUCGCUGCCGCCGGGCUUGCCAGAGGAGCCGGGCACCGGUGAAGGUGACGCCGAUGCCGCAGCCAAAGAGAUUCCGGCCACCAUUGUGGAGAACGGGGGUGGGCUGGUGGGCAGCAUGGAGCUGGAGGAGGCACAGCCAGAUUUGAAGAUCUGCGGCUACAACGGGUCAGCCCCGGGGCCGGCACCGCUGGCACAGGAGGGCCCCGUCCUGGGGGACGCGUCACCCAUCGCCCCGCAGCUGGAGGACGCCCACAUCCUCAGCGGAGACACCCUGGAGCCCUUCGAAUCCCUGGCCAGAGACCCCGGCACCGGGGAUCCCUACACGAUGGAUGAUGCGCGGCUGGUGAGCGACAAAUCCCCGCUGGAGGAGCCCCCCGACCUGCGCUGCGCCGACAGCCCCCCUCUCCACGCCGACGGCCCCUUCGGCCUCCUGCCUGCCAGCCCCUCACCCGCCCCACUGCUCGCCGGCACCAGCUCACCGCCUGCCCUGCAUGAUGGCAGCAUCGGCCUGAGCGGCAGCCGCCACACGGGGCCGGAGGAGCCGGAGUCCCUGGAGCUCAGCACCCCACUGGAGCCAGAGUCCCUGGCCCCAUCUGUGGAGGAAGAGGAAGAAGAGGACGAGGAGGAGGAAGAGGCCGCCGACAGCUGCCCGGAGACUUCAGCUGCGCUGGAAGGAGAGAGCGAGGAGGCCACUGUGCUGAGCAGCCGGGCAGCAGGUGACGUCCCCCGUCGUCGCAUCGCUACGCAGGAGGAGGUGCGCUUCCCGCUGCAGCACGGGUGGAGGCGGGAGGUGCGGAUCAAGAAGGGGAAUCACCGCUGGCAGGGUGAGACCUGGUACUACGGGCCCUGCGGGAAGAGGAUGAAGCAAUUCCCAGAGGUGAUCAAGUACCUGAGCAGGAACGUGGUGCAGGACGUCCGGCGCGAGCACUUCAGCUUCAGCCCCCGCAUGCCAGUGGGAGACUUCUACGAGGAGCGGGACACGCCGGAGGGCCUGCAGUGGGUGAAGCUGAGCCCUGAGGAGAUCCCCGCGCGCAUCCAGGCCAUCACGGGCAAGCGCGGGCGGCCUCGCAACGCCGAGAAGGCCAAGCCCAAGGAGCCGCCAGCUGCAAAGCGUGGCCGGGGCCGGCCUCCCAAGGUGAAGAUGGUUGACUUGCUGAGCAAGACGGAUGCGCGGCUGCUGAAGAGGCUGGAAGCCCAAGAGGUGCUCAGCGAUGAGGACAAGCUGAAAAUGAGCAAAAUCAAGAAGAAAAUGAGGCGGAAGGCCAAGAACAAGCAGAAGCAAGAAACCAAAGCCCCUAGAACGAAGGAGGCCAAGAAGAAGUGCAAGGCCAAGGAGAAGAAAGGCAAAGUGGAGAAGGGCAAGGACAAAGCACGACCCAAGGAGAAGAAGGGCAAAGGGACUCGGAAGGCAGACAAGGGUCUGGUGGCCCAGCGGCGCCUGGAGGAGCGGCGGCGGCAGCAGCUCAUCCUGGAGGAGAUGAAGAAGCCGACGGAGGACAUGUGCCUGGGGGACCACCAGCCCCUGCCAGCCUUCUCCCGUAUCCCGGGCCUCAUCCUGCCUAGCCGCGCCUUUUCCAACUGCCUGACUGUGGUGGAGUUCCUCCAGAGCUAUGGCAAGGUCUUGGGCUUCGACCCAGCCAAGGACGUGCCCAGCCUGUGCACGCUGCAGGAGGGGCUGCUGGGCGUGGGCAGCAGCGCAGGCGAGGUGCAGGACCUGCUAGUGCGGCUACUGCAGGCUGCGCUGUACGACCCCGGAAUGCCACCCUACUGCCAGUCCUUGAAGAUCCUGGGGGAGAAGGUGUCGGAGAUCAGCCUGAACCGUGACACUGUCUCUGAGAUCCUGCGCUGCUUCCUGACUGCGUACAGGGCUGGGGAGGACCUAUGUGAUGGGCUGCGCACCAAACCCUUCCAGGCGCUGCCUCCGGAGCAGAAAGCUGCCAUCCUGGCCUUCCUGGUAAAUGAGCUCAACAGCAGUGGCCUCAUCAUCAGCGAGAUCGACAAGACGCUGGAGAACAUGUCCAGCUAUCGGAGGAACAAGUGGAUCAUCGAGGGCCGGCUGCGCAGGUUGAAGAUUGCCCUGGCCAAGAAGACGGGCCGUCCUGAGUCGGAGAUCACGGGGCUGGAGGAUGGGCGGCGCAGGCGCAGCUCCCGCCUGACAGAGGAGACGGGGCUGGAGAUGGAGGAGGAGGAGGAGAACCGCAGGCGAAAAUCCCGCAGGGAGGAGGAGGUGGACACAUCUACGUCCAGCGUCCCCGAGCUUGAGAGGCAGAUCGAGAAGCUGGUCAAGAGGCAGAUGUUCUUCCGCAAGAAGCUGCUCCAUUCCUCGCAGACGCUGCGAGCGGCGUCUCUGGGUCAGGACCGUUACCGGCGGCGAUACUGGGUCCUGCCCCACCUGGGCGGCAUCUUCGUGGAGGGCGCAGAGGCAGCUGAGCCGGCACCCCAGGAGCCCCUGGAGGAGAAGGCGUCUCCCCACAUCCCCCCGGUGAAGGAGGAGCUGACGGAUGUGCCCAUUCCCAACCGGACCAACUGCACGGCCUCACGCUCGCGCGGGCGGCCCCGCAAGAGCAGAGAGGAGCUGGCGCAGCAUUGCGGGCCGCAGCUGCCCCCGGUGAACGGGGCUCUGGAGGAGCUGGAGCCACUGGGGCAGAGCCAGCACGACCUCAGCCAGUCCGCCUUCCUCUCCUGGCUGAGCCAAACCCAGGCCUCCCUGCUCCGCGACUCCGUCCUCACCCCAGACAGCAGCCCCGGCCAGAGCGACACGGCACCCGAGCCCCCCGCGGACCCCACGCAUGAGGAGGAGGAGAGCGCCCUGGAGGCUGCGGGAAAGCGGGGACCCUGGUUCAACCUGCUGCCCCGGAUGCCCUGUGAUGACCGAGCCCCCCUCGCUACCUCCUCUGCUGAGCCCUCGCCGCGAGCUGCCGUGCAACCCCGGGGCCAGCCCCGCGGCGAGCUGCCCAAGAGCCCAGCCCGGCAGCUGAACGGCCUCCCCACAGACGACCCCGCGGCUCCCCUGCUCGCCUCCACGCCGGUGCCUGCUGGUGCCCGGGCACACGGUGCCUGCCCCAGGGGCCGGGGCAGCUUGGAGAAGCUCCAGGAGCUGCCGGGGCAGCCCAAGCGCCGGGGGCGGCCGCCCACUAAGUUCUUCAAGCAGAUGGAGCAGAAGUACCUGACUCAGCUGACGGAGCAGCCGGUUCCCCCUGAGAUGCGGAGCGGCUGGUGGUGGCUGCGGGACCCCGAGGAGCUGGAGGCAGUGGCUCGGGCGCUGCACCCACGCGGCAUCCGGGAGAAAGCGCUGCACAAGCACCUCACCAAGCACAGGGAGUUCCUGCGGGAGGUCUGCCUGCGCUCCACCACUGACCCCAUCUUCCACCUGCGCCCGGAGGCGGCUGGCGCGGCCGUGUCUCAGGAAGCUCUGGCCCGGUGGUCGGUGAUGGACAGAGCCUACGAGGCCGACCUCGCUGUCCUGCAGUGGGUGGAAGAGCUGGAACAGCGUGUGCUGAUGGCUGAUCUGCAGAUCCGGGGCUGGACGUGCCCCAGCCCCGACUCCACGCGAAGUGACCUGCAGUACUGCGAGCACAAAGUGGAGCCCCUGGAGGACAUCACCAUCCGGAGCCGGCGGGACGGGCUGCCGCUGUGCCGGGAGCGCACCAACCCGCUGGACCUGGCGGUGCUGCGGCUGGCAGCGCUGGAGCAGAACGUGGAGCGGCGCUACCUGAAGGAGCCACUUUGGCCCCUGCAUGAGGUGGUGGUGGAGAAAGCAGUGCUGAGUGGUGCUGAGGAGCCCAGCCUGGGCCCCACUGAGAUAGCCUACGAGAUCACGCCCCGCGUCCGGACGUGGCGGCAGACGCUGGAGCGGUGCCGCAGCGCAGCCCAGGUCUCGCUCUGCAUCAACCAGCUGGAGAAAUCCAUCGCCUGGGAGAAAUCAGUCAACAGAGUGACCUGCCUGGUGUGCCGGCGCGGUGAUGACGAUGAGCACCUGCUGCUGUGCGACGGCUGCGACCGCGGCUGCCACCUCUACUGCCACCGGCCCCGGAUGACGGAGGUGCCUGAGGGCGACUGGUUCUGCUCCGUCUGCGUCUCCCGGGCAGGACAGUACCGGGACCCCGUUCGCCCCCGGCGAGGGAAGAAGCGGAAACGGGGGCGUCUCUUUGGGGGGAGCCCGGUACAGGAGGAGGGGAGCCCGCGGCGCCGGCCGGGCACACGCCGCCACGAGGGACUGUCGCCCGCGAAGCGCCGGGGCGUGACGCUGCGGGGCCAGACCAGUGACCUCACCUUCUGCGAGAUCAUCCUGAUGGAGAUGGAGUCGCACGAGGACGCCUGGCCCUUCCUGGAGCCCGUGAACCCCCGCCUGGUGCCCGGCUACCGCAAAAUCAUCAAGAAUCCCAUGGACUUCGCCACCAUGCGCGCACGGCUGCUGCAGGGCGGGUACUCGAGCUCGGAGGAGUUUGCGGCCGACGCCAUGCUGGUGUUCGACAACUGCCAGACCUUCAACGAAGACGACUCGGCGGUGGGCAAAGCCGGGCACACCAUGCGCCAGUUCUUCGAGAGCCGGUGGGCCGAGUUUUAUCAGGGAAAAUGCGCCUCGAGCCCGUGAGGUGGUUGGGGCCGGAGCCCCCCCCCUCACCCAGCCGGGGCUGGGGUCCCCCUGCACCCCCAGAACUGGGGCCCCCGCGCCCCCAGAACUGACUCCUCUGGAGCUGAUCUCGCUGCCUGCUGAUCCCGCGCGGGGCCCCCCCUCCCCGUGCCCACCACCCUUUCCUGGC